UGUGUCUGUCUCUCUGCCCCACAGCGGAGUUGGAGUUCGUGCAGAUAGUGGUCAUCGUGGUAGUGAUGAUGGUGAUGGUGGUGAUGAUCACAUGCCUGCUGAGCCACUACAAGCUCUCAGCCCGCUCCUUCAUCAGCCGGCACAGCCAGGCCAGGAGGAGAGACGACGGGCUGUCCUCGGAAGGAUGCCUCUGGCCCUCCGAGAGUACGGUGUCAGCCGGAAUGCCAGAGUCACAGGUCUAUGCCCCGCCUCGACCCACUGACCGCCUGGCUGUGCCCCCCUUCGUCCAGCGGAGCCGUUUCCAGCCCACCUACCCCUACCUGCAGCAGGAGAUUGCCCUGCCACCUACCAUCUCACUGUCUGAUGGGGAGGAGCCCCCACCCUACCAGGGUCCCUGCACCCUCCAGCUACGGGACCCUGAGCAACAGCUGGAGCUGAACCGAGAGUCUGUGCGUGCACCCCCCAACCGGACCAUCUUUGACAGCGACCUUAUGGACAGUGCCAUGCUGGGAGGCCCCUGCCCUCCCAGCAGUAACUCGGGCAUCAGCGCCACCUGUUACAGCAGUGGGGGGCGCAUGGAGGGGCCGCCCCCCACCUACAGUGAGGUCAUCGGUCACUACCCAGGGUCCUCCUUCCAGCACCAGCAGAGUAACGGGCCGCCCUCCCUGCUAGAGGGGACCCGGCUCCAUCACCCUCACAUUGCCCCCCUGGAGAACAAGGAGAAGGAGAAGCAGAAAGGUCACCCCCUCUAAGAGUGGGGGCCGGGGCACCUGUAGGCAAAACAGCAAAAACACUCCGCACUUAAGAGAGAAGAGAGUGGAAGGCAGGGGACACAGGCCCGUGGCGUGUGCCCGCUCUCCUCUGUGUAUAAAUAUUUACAUGUUCUGUGUGGUCUGAAUGCAGAAGCUCAGAAAGCUUGCAAAAAAAAAAAUAUCACGUUUCUUUGUUGAGCCGUGUCUUGAAGGCAAAAGAGAAAAUCCUCCACUAGUCUUUUCUCAUUGUUCUUAGUUGAGCUCCAUGUGUGAAUGCUUAAUUUCUUUUGUUUAUGAUGGUUUCACUUAACUUUAAAGACAUAUUUGCACAAAACCUUUGUUUAAGAUCUGCAAUAUUAUAUAUAUAAAUAUAUAUAAAAUAAGAGACACUGUAUGUGGGAGAGCAGGAGUAUUUUUGUACUAGAAGAGGCCUAUUAAAAAAAAAAAAGUUGUUUUCUGAACUAGAAGAGAAAAAAAUGGCAAUUUUUUGAGUGCCAACUCCGAAAGUGUGUAUUACCUUGUAAAGAAAAAAAAUCCUACAAAGCAGGGGUUUAGAGCUAUUUAUAUAAAUGUUGAGAUUUUGCACUAUUUUUUAAUAUAAUAUAUCAGUGCUUGUUUGAUGGAAACUUCUAGAGAGUGUGUUGAGACUUGAAGGAGAAAUGUUGAGCUCAGCCUGAACAGAGCAGUGGGGAUGUCCCUCCGUGUCUCAGAGGGCCCCCCCACCCCCGUGUAAGAAUGGUGGGCUCCCCGGGGCCAUGCACCUGCAAGCCAACGGAUGCUUCUGUCCAGAUAGGCUGUGAACAGUUACACAUUCCCUGCCGAAGGGGACCCGUGUUGUCCCUCUGGGUUACAGCUGAGUCAGGACUGCCCCCACAGAGGCACCUGAUUCCAGAUGCCUUUCCCAAUAUGAAAAUAAACUGUUACCGAAGGAAUCUUAGUUUUUUCUUCCUCUUUAAAACACAGAAACUGAAGGUUCAGUGGAGGGGGCAAGGUGUGCCCCAAAAGCCAAAGCUGCUCCCUGCAUUUGGUUCCAGGGGAUCCAGCGGCUCGCUUCCCGCAGAAGGGGCUUGGACACCAGCGUUCCGAGGUUGGGACGUAUGCAGUUCUACGCUGGCAUGUAGGAAAGACCCGGGGUGUUAGCUACUUGACCUCAGACAAUCUGUUUCCACUCUAUAUUGAUUUUCACUUCAAGAAGCCAAUUAGUAGUCAACCCAAGAUGGAAAGGGACAGUUGCCCAAGUGUCCCCUCCCAGGAAGCCCAGAAGGGUUAGGAGAGAUUGCCACCACCACCAGCCCUUACCUCAGGCUCUGGAACAACUUGCCCUUCUCUCAUUGGCACCGAUCCCUUCUACCCAGAAAUGGUUGUUUUUGAUGUGAGCGUUUGUCUGUUUUCGUCACUCUGAGGAGCUUAGGAUCUCAUUUCCAAUAGUUUAAUUAGUACAUGGGGUGUGAUGGGAACUCUAGGAGGAUUACUCUUCUGUCUUAUGUGAGUGCAAGAGAAAAUGUGUGUGUGUGUGUGUGCGCGUGCGUGCGUGCGUGCGUGCGUGCGUGUGUGUGUGUGUGUGUGUGUGUGUGUGUGUGUAGUGAGGUCCCCUAGGGUUGAGCAGGGGCAGAGGCAUCCCUCCUCAGGAGGCGCUGCAGGAAUUCAUUCCUUCCCAUCCUACACCCUUCCCGUUCACAGAGGUGUAAACAAGAGAUGAGAGGCAAUAAUUUAUAUACCACACUUUUUAUUACUUGAAAAUCUUUUGGAGUUCAGGCUACCACACCUGUUUAUACACAUUUUUAAAAUAUAGGGUACCCCCACCAUGCCUUGCUGAACGCUGAACCCAAAGCUCUGCAGACCUGCCUGGCAGAAAAACCCCAUACCUGUCAGUGUUGAGACCAGCUUCUCCAGGAGGGAUUGACCUAAAACUGGCUCUUCUCUCAAAGAGGAUUCUUUGAAAUGUCACAUAGAGAUAUCAAAUUCUGUUGUCACCAAGUUCCCAUGUUGCCCUGUGUGCAUAAUGUCUGAUGCCUUACAGAGGAAGCAUCUCCCUCUGGGCUCAGGGUGGGGGCACUCCUGUACGGUGUCUCAUUCACAGGGCCAUCAAGGUCUACUGGCGGAGCCCAACUGGCCUCAUCCUUCCCUCCCCUCCCCUUCCGCACGGUGGAUGUGCCCUGCUUGGUGAGGCCCCGUACUGUCCCUGCAGCCUUCUUGUGGAAUACUGCAUGCGGUUUCGUCCGCGUGGGACAUCUACACAUGUGAGCCUCAUUCGCGUAUGUGGCUUCAGCUGAAAGCCAGGCUGAAAUGUGCCCACUGUCCUCUAGAGCAAAACUGACUGGCCUGCUUCUUGGUAUAGGUUGUUGCAGAAGCUUGCUGGGCCCAUCUGGCUUAAGGGCAGGCCCACCCCCCUUUGAUAACAACCCCGAACUGAAAAAUGGGGUCCCUUGGAUGUGGGUUGUAGGAGCUUGAAGAGGAGCUUGUCAAAGUUAGGACACAUGCAAACUCAUGCAAAAGCAGCAAGCAUGCAGGCUGCUGGCUGCGGAAGCCUGGGCGCUGGGCCCUGGGCGCUCUCUAGAUGCUGGUCUUCCCGUGGGAAGUUAGGCGGGUCCCAGAAAGUGGCUGGCUAGAGAGGGACCGACCUGGUUGGCUUGGGAGAAGGGGGUCUGCUGCUCCACGAGGCUCUGAGAAAGGGACAGCCCUUGACUCCCUCUGCCCCACAUUCCUGUCUCAAGCACUUACUCCAGAGAAGUCAUUUCCCCUGCAGAGCCCAGGGCUGUGGGACAGCAUGGCAGAGCUUGGAUCUGCAUGACUUUGCCUGCUGCCUUUUCAGAAGCCUGUUGUUUUAGCAAAAACUUAAGACACGACUCCAUACCCAACCUGUAACAGGAAUCAGGGCCGGGCAGAAACCAGACCCCUUCUCCGUUCUUGGUCAUUCCUGUGACCUUCGUGACACUUCCAUGUGCCCCUCGGUUCCCAGAGCCGUAGACUAUUGUAAGAGUGAGAGGAGUGUGCUGAUUUGCGCUCUGGACUUCAGAGCCGGAAAUGCCACUGCACCGCAGUCCAGCGGCCCACACCACCUGUGACACACACACACACACACCCGCACACUGUCCUGCUGCACGGCCGCUUGGCUUUGGGAUGCCCUCCUUUGCAGCCAUACUCCCCCACCCACCCCCCUGCGCCCCCUUCUGUUCCUGGUCAACACCUGGGAUUUCUCCAUGCCUGGCGCUCACCACUGUGGGAGACUGUACCCAGGCCUGAGAAGCUGUUCUUUGUGUAUCUAUAUCUCUGGUGCCAAUGAUGGCGUUCUAAAAAGCCGCAAUACGAAAUAAAUUUUACAGUUCUUUGGA